AUGAAGCCGACUGUAUAUGAUUUGCCCGAAAGAGCAAUUGAAGAGAUGCGACAAAUUUUAGUCUAUCAUAUAAAGGAGAAAUUAAAACAAAAUUCAAAACAUGUUGGGAGUGUAUGGAUUACAAUUAGUUGUACAGAAAGUCAAUUUUUUGGUAUUUUUAAAGG